AUGUCGCAAACGUGGCUUCGCGGACCCAUCUGCGGUGUCGACAACUGUCGGUCUCACUUGUACCGCCUGAGCGCAGGACGCAAGUUCUGUCAAUUUGGCCAUGUUGCAGAAGGAAGUGUUGAGUUUGACGAUGAUGAGGGUGUUUCCUCGCAAACAAGAAGGCUCGCAGUGCAGCUCACUGACACGGGUUUUGGCGCGCGGGUUUCCAUGCCAGUGGCUGGUGCUACGCCCGCACAGACAGAAAAGAGGCUCUACGGUUCAGCGGGCCGCCUCCACUACUUGCGGUGCGUGCAACAUCUCUUGCGGCGGCUCGCGUGCCAAACGGUGCCGGUGCUUCAUCCCGAGCUAUCGCGCGAGAAGCGCACGCACUACGAGUACAUUUUGCUCAAGGCGGUGAAACUUGUAUGGACCCACUGUGCGGCAGCCGCUCUCCGCUCAACGUUGCCUGCUGACGUCGACUUGUAUGUGUACAUAUAUUUGGCAGAGCGUCUUGUGGACAGACGCCCCGUAUAUGUGGACGAUUUUCUUUUGGCGCUUCGACGCAACGCGCUCCCGUUUGUGGAGCUUUACAAGCUUCUCCCCAAGGAGAUGGCGCAGCACAUGUCCAUGGCAGGCAUCAUGUUGUUGUCGCGGAGCCCAGUGCCGGUCGACGACCUCUUUUAUCGCGGUGUGGCCCGGUGGACGCGCGCACUUCCGCGCGCACUUCCGCGCGAACUCCAUAAAGUGCCCGCAGAACAUUUCUAUGGUGGUGCGCUUCGCGUAUUUGCAGACUUGGCCCUCGGCGAGGCGCCGCUACUAUUGGUCAUGUUCCACCGACUCAUAGCCCUCGUCCACGGCACGCACUUGCUUCUGACGCUGCAUUCGUCGCGGGUGUGGCGGCUCCCAGAAUGCCAAUACGUGGGGUUUUUGCACGCGGCGGUGCGCCUCUUUUUCGUGGGCUCCGCGCGCCACGCCGAUGUGCGCGAAUGGGGCGCAUGGCUCGACACUCAGCGGUCGAGCCUCGCUUGUUUCAAUGACAAAUACCACCACAUGGACAUUGAAGACUUGCUCGCUCUUCUGGACGAACAAACAGAGAAAUACUGCCACUGGGUGGCAGCCACGCUAGGCGAAGAGGGCGAAGGGACCAUGGAGCGCAAGUUACUUCGGCUUUUUUCGGCCGAAGGUUUGACCGUGCUGAACGGCAAUAGUGCGCGCGAGCGAAGCGCAGAAACCAGUAGCCAGGCACAGGGAAUGGAAUCUAACAACAACGUCGCGCAUCAUCCCCGUUUCACUGUCAAAGACGGCCGAAUGCUGGAGGCCGAUGCACUACUUGCAGAGAAACACCUCGCAACAUACCUUUGCUUUCGCUUUGGCUUGAAGACGCGCACGUUCGGGGAAAUUGUGCGCUGGACGCAGAGGAAGAUCGAGCGUGCAUUUGAGAACCGGCUGCUACAUACGGUUCCAUAG